AUGCCUGCAGGCCAACACUCGACUAAUAUCUCUGAACACGUUGAUUCUGACUUCACUAAAAUUCCACGCUGUUACCCACGCCGAGCUCGAGUCAUAGUAAUUGCGAUACAUUCCUUAUUAAAAGCCAUCAAGAUGCCAUCUCAACGUCAGGACCCAGCUCGCACUAGCCCUAAGAAGAGGAAGACAAAGCGCAAAGCCGCGGAUUCUGAUGGGCAGAUGUGUCAACCAAGAAAUCGCGGGCUGAGGCUGAAGCACCCAUCGCGUCGCAGCAGCCUACUCGACGUUCUGGACGUCCUGGUGCUGGAACAGGAGGUAGAGUUAGUCAACUCGAGAUCAUUGGAGCACUCUUGGGUUGCCCCAGCACGUACCAGCCAGCCCAAAGGCUCCACCUCCCUCGACCUAGUAUCCCCUACCAAUCCGCUUGCUCCCAGAAGAACCGCCUCGCAAGAGAGGCCGGAUGAAGAAGCCCCCCUCCACCAUAUAGCGCCUCUGGCAAGCCGAUGGAUUCUGCGCCUUCGAGACCACAGGGGGAAAAAGCUACAGUGGCGAAAGAAAACCUGCUCCCGUUGCCUCAACUGUCAAGUCCAUGGAUUCUGCGCCUUCGAAACCACGGGAAAAAAAGCUACAUUGACGAAAGAAAAACUACUCCCGUUGCCUCAACUGUCGAGCCCCCAAACCUCCAACCCAGUUUCGUACAUCGUGAAGCGGGUUGCACGCUUUGGUUUUUCUCAGUUCAUCGUUCCCCCUGGAGAAAGCAGGCUUCUUUCAGCAGGUCUAGCUGCACGUCAGCCUGAUGCUAACUCAGACUUAUUCCAGAACCUGGAUCCUACCCUUCGGCCAGUCAACAACGGACUGCAAGAUUCAGGAGCUGAAAGCACGGAGACAUCUAGUGAGGGUGGCGAUGGAAAUACUGACGACGACGACGACGACGACGACGACGACGACGACGACGACGACGACGACGACGACGACGAUGACGACGACGACGACGACGACGACGACGACGACGACGACGACGACGACGACGACGACGACGACGACGACGACGACGACGACGACGACGACGACGACGAAGAUCACACGGACAAUGAAGUUGGCUGGGGAGCAGCGCAGGGCGCGUGA